UCUUCAAAUGAUGUAUAUCCAAUAAUUAUAAACGUAAUACAAUGUGCGUAAUAAAAAAUGUGGAAUGGAUCGAAAGUAAACGUAUACCAGCGGAGUUACUCUGCUUUACCGCAGGAACGUUCCGACGAACGUGGCGCUGAUGUGCAAAGGCCGAACUUGUACGAGGAUGAGAACCUGAAAGACGCCACGCAGAGAAAUCGAGUCGAGUCUCGGACCGCCAUAAUAGCGCCAUAGCGGUGUGUACCUCGUCCCGCUCGUUUUUCUGCUGUGACACGACGCUUACCGACGCUCGGCGUCGUUUCUUCGGGUUGCGAUUAAUGAACGAAUUGCAAAUUACGAUCGAAUUAUCCGUUUUGAUCGCGUUUAGACGCGCGGUGCGUCAUUAUAUGAAUACGGGACGCGUUUAGAGAACUGGGUGUCAAGAACGUGUGAGUGUGUGCUUUUGUAGGUGCUCUGAACGGACGGUAGUCGAGAAAAACAUGGAGAAUAGGCCGGCGUCGCUCCGAUCCAAGCGAGUUUGUCGAUUCUGCUUGACGGAAUCCGAACCGCUUCAUUUCAUCUACGAGAGGGAUCAUAGUAAACCACUCCAGAUUCCGCUUACCCUAAAGAUCAUUUCGUGCGUCGCCAUCGAGGUGUAUGCAGCCGAUGGGAUGCCGCAGAUGAUAUGCAACAUGUGCCGUUGGAAUCUGGAUAGAUCUUAUAGAUUCAAGCUCCAAUGCAAGAAAGCGGACGAAGCAUUGAGGGCUUACCCGUUAUCCGGAAUUCUACCGCGACCAUUUCCACCGAUACCGUGCGAUCCUCCGGAUAUAAACAACAAACGACCUUUAGAACAGAGGUCCCCAAACGAGGGAGCCAAAAAGCCUCGCGUCGAUAACGACAGAGACAGAAGAGAAACCCGUGAGAGGGAAAGAGAAAGGGAUCGCGAGAAAGAAAGGGACAGACAAGCGGAGGAGCAACGUGAUUAUUACGAAGAAGAACAAGAUGCUGGUAGCGAGAACGAUCAAGAAGCAACCAGUGGUAAAGAGGACCGAAAAUUGGAACCAGGUGAAAUUCGAGUGCACGCGUGCGAUCAGUGCGAACGCACUUUCCCGUUGCGGCAAGCUCUCGCUCUGCACAUAUCUCGAGCUCAUCGAGAUCGCAGUUUCAAAUGCACGGAAUGCGAGCGAAUGUUCUUCUCUAAAUACGAUCUGCAGAAACACGCAAUCACGCACGCUGAAGAGAAACCGUACUCGUGUCCCAUCUGUAAGAAACAAUUCUCGCGAGCGAAUUUGUUGCAACGACAUGAGAAGGUACACAGAGAAGAAUUGAAUUAUGCUUGUCAACAUUGCGAUCGGGAAUUCUUCACAGCGGAGGACUUGGAGAAACACGAUGAGACGAUGCACAAAAAGGAAAAACCGUAUCAAUGUAACAUUUGCAAUAAAUGUUUCACGUAUAAACAAGGCUUGGAACGUCACGAGAUGCUGCACAGCGAGGACAAAACGUUCGUUUGUGAGUACUGUAAGGAAGCAUUCCGCACAAGUACAAAGCUAGCUCGACAUUUAACGUCGCACGCCGGGCAUCGACCGUAUCUCUGCAAACUGUGCCCUCGGUCAUUCCUGCUUUCCCAUCAUCUGACCAGACACAUGCGAACGCAUUCCGUGGAGAAACGUCAUGUUUGUGAAGACUGCGGUAAAGCAUUUAAACGGAAGGAGAGCCUGGAGGUGCAUCAGCUAACGCACACGAAACGCACGGGUAUGGGAUUAACAUGCGACGUUUGUCAAGAAUCUUGCAGAAACAGAGCGGAUUACGUCACGCACAUAAAGCAACAUAUCGAGGCAGGCGAGAAAAUGGGACCGGAUGGAUUGCCACCAGACAAUAAAAGCAAACUGGACAUAGAUUCAGACGAAGAAGAGGAAGAAGAGCAAUACUCCGAUGGAGACGAUGAUUACACACCGCCUGCAUAUAUCGUCAGGAAGCUUCCUAAGCCGGUUAAACCGUCGGAGAGCGAGGAAGAGCAGGAAGUAUUGGAGAAAGAAGAGCAGGACAGCCAGAAAGAACAAGUUGUAUACGUACGGCGCAAGGAUGGGAACAUGGUUAAAAAGACGAUCAAAACUUUGAUGCCUAUUCCACGUAAAGAUGUACAAGAUGCGAAGCUGAAACAAACCUCUAUUAGCAACCAGUCUCAAUCGAAUAUAAAAUCUUCGCAGUCGAAACAGAACGAUGAAACGCCGAAGUCUUCCCGCGUGGACGAAACGGAAGCACAAGUACAAAAAAUCGUGGCGUCUGUAUUCAAAGAACAUAAGAUUCCAUUGAAACAUCAGAAUGUUCAGGAACAAAAUAAAGAAUCGCAUGCGCCGACGAAUCAGACGAAACUACAGCAGAGUACUCAGAAUCAGGUUCAGAAGGAAGAGAAACCUGAAAGUACCGUAGUAACCAGUACACCGAAGACUGUAAACACCGUCAAAGUUAUAAAGAGAAUCGUGGUGAGAAAGCCUGGUGGUACCACCGAUACGACGGCUACUACGGUUCCGGCGAAAGAGGACGGCGACGCUGGAACUAGUACCACUCAGACUAAUACAGGUCACAAAGUAACGAAGAGAGUAAUCGUUCGUCGAAUCAUUCGUCAAGGAGAUACUACGAGAGAGGUGAUCAUGAACCCCGAUGGCACAAUAAUAGACCCGGCGGAAUUGGCCAAACUACCAACUGGCAACGUCGUAAAACGAGUCGUUGUAAAGAAACCCAUCGACAAACAUCAAAGCUUGGUUCAAGCAGUGCUGCAAUCAGCCACAACGGAUGUAAAACAACCAUCUGGUGCUACAAUAAAGAGCAGCGAUACUGUAUUAAACGAAACUCCUAAAUUCGAAUUGAAGACGUCGCAGUCCACGCCGAGCGCAUCGUCUUUAGGAACGAAAACAACUGUGACUACUACGCAAAAGCCCGCGUCAACGGCAGUAGGAGAUCGAGAAACUAAAGAGAAGUUGGAACAGCUGGAAAAACGAGUGGAGCAACAACGUCUGAAGAUAGAAGAAUUGGAAGCUCGCAAACAGCAACAACAAGAAUACGAACCUACCAUCGAGGAAAUGUCUCCGGAACGUCACGAUGAAUCUGACGAUGAACAGCAGUUACCGUUGAAGAGAGUGUUCGUGAAAAAGAAGCAGAGCAUGUAUGACGAAGAGCAAGAGUACAAUGAUACCGAAACGACGGUAGCUUCUUUGUCGACACCUGCAAGUACGCCUAUAUCUACCACGACGACUCUCGCGACUACAGGAAUAGAGAGUGUUCAAAUUUUAUUGGAAUCAAAAAAAGAAAAGGAAGCUUCUGAAACUGAAAUCAAAACAGAAAUCAAAACAGAAGUUGAAACAGAAUCUGAGAACAUAGAAAGUUGUAUGGCAUCAACUACUAUAACGACGGUACCAGCAUCAAUUACGAUAGCACCAACAACAAUAGCAACAACAACGAUAGCAACAACAACGAUAGGAACAACAACAACGGUACCGGUAAUAACAUCGGUAGUAGCAACACCAGCUGUAGCAGCGACAACGGGGGUAAUAGCAACAGUAACAGCGCCUACUAUCAUUAGGAGAGAAGGUAAACCAAUUGUAACCAGUUCGAAAGUUUACUCGAAUAAAAAGAUCAUCGUUGUAAAAGCGGAGGAAGCAUCGGAGGUUGAAGAAAUGAAUCGAGAAUUGUGCAAUAUAUUAGACUCAGCCGAUUCCGUAGUCAAAAUGCAAGAAUCGGUCCUGAGUAAUCUUACUCAAAUAUCCAUCGUAGAAACUCCUCAGAAAACGUGCAGUGACAAGCCGAAAGCCGGCCCAUCGAACGUCGAAGAUUUUCCAACAAAAGUUGAAACUGACGAAACUGGUUCUGCGGAUGAAGAAAUUAGUCUAAAAUUGGACAACACGCUAGACAUAGUGAAUGACCAGGAAUCUGACAGAAAAGUUGAACCUGUACCCGCUGAAGUACAAGAACUGAUGGACCAAUCCGAAGAAAGUACAAGUCUCAAUUUGGAGCAAGAACUUUCAGAAUCGGGGGAUAUAUUUGAACCAUCGGAUAAUGUACUAGGAGUACAAAAAAAUCAGUUGUCUGAUUCCGUGAUAGUAGAACUUGAUCACGCGAAUCACACGAUUACUUUGAACGAUACCAACGACAGUCAGGAUAGUCUUGAGGAUAAGCUUCAACAAAUGGAAGGUUGAAAUUUUGAUUGAAAGGUAUUGACAAAGAUAUAACAAACACGUUGAUAUCGGAGUAAAGCCUUAUUUUAACAUCAGUAAGCUCUAAUUUUAAUCAAUUUUACAAAUUCGGUAAUCGUUCUCGAUGAUUUUCUGUAUGCAUAGCCACUACAGUCGUUUUAUCGGAUAGGUUAGUUAAUUAUAACAUAACGUUUAAGAUAUUCUUUUAUCUUAGAUCAAGACACUUCCUACUUUAGUCUUUUUCUGUACGACAAGUAUAACCGUUGUACAUACCUACAAUAUUAGCUAUUAAAGUCAGAAAAACAUAAGUUAGUGCCUAGUAAUGAACAUUUUCAUAUAAAGAAAAACGUUUAAUACAAAAACCUUUUUGCAUCAACGUAUAAGGAUGCUGCAAAUAAAAUAUAAAUACAAUACAAGUGGGAUGGAAGUUCUAGAUUGAAAUUUGCUGUAGGUGUGCCUCCUUGUCUAAUAUUUAUGUGUACGUUGUGAAACGAAGUUUCAAAAUGAUUUCAUCUAUUACAUUCUACGUGCAUACGCACUUUCUUACCAAACAUAAGACGCGUGUGUAUAUUGUAUAUAGUUAUAUACAUCACACAAUUAGCAGUGCUCAUUAAGUUAUAUAGUACUUCAUGUAAAACACAGGCUUGUAUAUAAUAUACCAGAUUCAGAUUGCGAACAUAGUAGAGUAUGUUGUUUACAUUUAGCCAUAUAAAACAGCUUUGAAGAUUGAAGAUCAACAUAUAUUAGCAUAUAUGGAUAUAUAAGCAACGUACACUAUGUUGGCAGUCUAGUUAGUCUAGAAUAUCAUAUAGAAGUCUGAAACAAUUGAAAUCUUUAUCAUUUUCAUUUUAUGAACAAAUGCUCCUUGAUGCUGCACACGUUUUUAGAUUGUUAUUUAGUAACAUCUUCGAUGUUGGGAACACUUAUAGUAUUUUCAUGAAAAUUAAAUUUACUGUAAUAUUUAAUCGAUAUUCGUAUAAAAAAUGAUAUACGAACUACAUGUUGUUCUAUGACCAUUUAAAGGUCUACAUAAAAUACAAUGUGUUAUGUAAAUGUAAAAUUGGAGAAGAUGUUGAUUAUGUUAUUGAAAUAUUCUUACCGCGCACAUCAUUCGAAGAUGAUAAUAAUUCAUGUCUCUACAGUAAUUUUAUAUAAAACAUUUAUAUUUUAUUUUUCAAAAUUGAAUUCAGCACAUAUACAUAGGCAUACGUGUUAUUACAUACAACCAAUAAAAAAAAGAAUUACAUCAAAAUACGAUGAAUAUACAAUAAAAUAUGGUAAUGAACGAUUGUUUUACUGGCAGUUCACCAAUAAAUUAAUAUUGUAUAAAUAUGAAUUAAAUAUUGAAAGCACGUUGUCACCCGAAUUUAUAAAUUAUACAUACUGCAUGUUACAUUCUUACGUACUAUGUAGAAGAAUUACUUGUAUAAAUUGUAUCCUGAGUUAAGAUAAAUUGUGUUGAGAUAAAUAAAAUAAUCGAACAUUAA